UUGUUGAGAAAGAGUAAGAUAGAGAGCAAAGAGUGCAGUGCCAAAGUUAAACGUAAACAAUAAUAAAUAAAUGAAUAAAUAUAUUUGCUAGCUGCCUGAUAAAUUUGAGCGCACAGAAAUACUCAGGCACGCACCAAUACAGACACACACACAUAUAUAUAUAUACAUUCAUUUUUGGUAAUUGUGUGCGCGUCGGCAGCGGUGGCAGCGGCAGUGGCGGCAGCGUUUGUUGUUCUCCUUUGUGAUUUGCAGCUGAAGAAAGGUCAAGCGUUGCGUAAAGCGGUUGCACAAACAUACGCUCACAGACACACACAUAGACGCGCGCGUGUGUAACUGUUGUUUGGGACUCGAUCGUGUUAGCGGUAAAUCAGGCAAAAUUCAGUUCGUUUACGUUUACAACAGCAGCGCUCCACACGCGGCCGACAUCUAUCAGCCCCAUACGCGUUAUAGCGGGAGCAACGCUAACGAUUCGGACACAGAGUGGCUGGAGACGGAAGCAGGAAGCAAAGCAAAAGACGACAGCAACAGCGACAGCAGCAACAACAACGAAAGCAACAACAAAAACAACAGCAGCAGCAACAACAAUAGCAAUAGCAGCUACAACAUGGCAGUGCGCAAAAAACAGGACGACAAAUACCUGCUAGCGCUGCGGGAGCUGGUUAACAGCGGGGCAGGCAAUCGCCAGUGCUUCGAUUGCAACCAAAAGGGGCCCACCUACGUGAACAUGACCAUCGGCUCGUUUGUCUGCACACGCUGUUCGGGUGUACUUCGCGGUCUGACGCCUCCGCAUCGAGUUAAAUCCAUAUCGAUGGCCACAUUUACACAGGAUGAGAUCGACUUUCUGAAGGCGCACGGCAACGAGCUGUGCGCAAAGACCUGGCUGGGCCUGUGGGAUCCAAAGCGAGCUGCUGCGCAGCAAGAUCAGCGGGAGCUGAUGAUCGAUAAGUACGAGAGGAAACGCUAUUAUCUGGAGCCGGCCAGUCCGCUCAAGUCGCUCAAUCUGAAGUCGACGUCGUCGUCGUCGUCGACGUCGACCGCCAGCAAUGGCUAUCACACGGGCAACAUAUCGAGCAAUGGCUAUGCCAGCAUCCACCUAACGCCGCCCGCCGCCCAGCGCACAGCAGCCAAUGGCCUCAGCAAGUCGGCAGCUAGCAGCACAGCCAUCAGCCGGCCGCAGCAUCAUCAUCAUCAUCAUCAGCAUCAGAAUCAGAAUCACAAUGGCAAUCAUGAUGGCUUCUCGCAUAAUCUGGCUGGCCUUGGGCUGGGCCUGACCAGCCUGAACAGCGCCGGCUCCACGUCGACGGGCGCUUUAUCCGAUACGAGCAGCUGCGCCAGCAACGGCUUUGCCGGCGAAUCAGAUUUCGUGGCCGAUUUCGGGUCGGCAAACAUCUUCGAUGCCACCUCGGCACGUUCCACAGGCUCGCCGGCUGUCUCCUCGACCAGCUCGGUCAGCUCCAUCAAUGGCUAUGCCAAGGUGCAGCCCAUUCGUGCGGCGCACCUCCAACAGCAGCAGCAGCAGCAGCAGCAAAUGCUCAACGGCAACAGCACUGGAUCAGAGAACUUUGCGGAUUUCGAGCAUGCGCCCAUCUAUAAUGGCGUGGCUGAUGCAAUGAAAUCCCUGCAGACGUUGCCCGAUUGGUACGAUUGGAAGACGUCCGACUAUAGCGAUCCGUUUGAGAAUGAGUUUGCGGCGCUGCGAUCGACCACAGAAACCAGUUCGGAAGCGGAGCCGGAGUCGACGCUGCCCGCCUACUCGAUGCUGACGCUCUGGAGCGAUGAUAGCUGGCCAGAGAAGCAGUCGGCCGUGCGCUUUAAGAGUUCGGCCACCUCACUGGAGUCGGUCCAGUCUGCCCAGUCGGCAGGGGGAACAGCAACAACAACGUCAGCAUCGUCAGCGAUGUGCUGCUCCAGCAAUGAAUCCUUGCCAACGCCCACUAAUCCCUUUCUGCCUCAGUCGAAGUCGGAGUCGGCAUUUAGUCGGGCAUUAAGCGCCCUGAAUAUCGCUGAGGAAGCAGAGAAAACAAAAGCAAUAGCAGCAACAGCAGCAGAGCAUACAGAGUGCGACUCGAAUGCGAAUAUCUUAAAUGCCUAUUACAAUCCUUUCUUUACGUGGAGCACCGCGCUGCAGAGCCAACAGCUGAACCAGGCGACAAGCAAGCCCAGCCCCCGGGCAAGCAAUGCGCCCAGCGAGGACCGCUACGCGGCGCUGAAGGACCUCGACGAGCAACUGCGCGAACUGAAGGCCAGCGAGGCAGCCACAGUCACGGAGGCGCCAACGCCAACCAAUGGCAACACACAGCUGGCGGAUGCCUUUGGCACGGUCAACGGCAACAGCAGCAGCAGCAACAACAACAACAGCAACAACAACCAUGUAAAUCCCUUCAAGAGCCAGCAGUCGCUGCUCAUCAACGGCAGCAGCCACUUGGUGAAUCCAUUCCAGGCACAGCAGCUGCAACAGCAGCAAUUGCUAUUGCAACAGCAGCAGCAGCAGCAGCAGCAGAAUCUCUACGGCCAGCUGACGCUCUUACCAAAUGGCUAUGGCAGCAGCCCACAGCAGGCGGCGGCGGCGGCAGCGGCAGCAGCGGCUGCCACCAGCUUCUACAAUUUCAACAACAACGGCUUUGCCUUGGCCCAGGGCCUGCCCAAUGGCUGCGGCUUUGGCAGCAUGCAACCAGCGCCCGUGCUUGCGGGCGGCCUCGCCGGCGGCUUUAAUAACCCAUUUGCGGCCAGCGGCGCCAUGAACACCAAUAAUCCAUUUUUAUGAGAUUCAGACUUGAGGCGAGCGCAGGACCAGCAGCAGCAGCAGAGGAAGCAGAGGCAGAAGCAGCAGCAGCAGCAGCAGCAGCAGCAGCAGGAGCUCACAUCAUGGCUAAGGCGUUGAGAUUGAACAGAGAAAAAGCCGCUGAACAAAAAGCAGAAAGUGAACCGAAAUUAGUCCAUUUUACGAACAAUAGCUAUUAACUACAAGAUGUACAUAUAUAUAUAUAUCUAUAUAUAUGUAUAUACAUACACGUGUGUGUGCAUGUGUGUGUAUUUAUAUAGACGUAUGUGCUAAAUGCUGAAUAUGAAUCCGUUUUAAUGGAUUAAUUGAUCGUACAAUAUAUAUAGAAAUAUAUAUAAAUAUAUAUAUAUAUAUUAUUUUACUAAAUCUCUAUCAUACAUAUAUAUUUAUACGUCGCAUUCACACAUGCAUAUGCGCACACACACCUAUAUACAUGUAUAUAUAAAUAUAUAUAUACAUAUACAAUACGCGUGUAACUAAAGAUUUGUAUUUACCGUUUGCCUUUAGCGUCUUUAGACUUUUUACUAAACUUAACUUUCUUAACGUGCGCCACAGUUGUCGUCGCCUGUUUAGCUUAACUUAAACCACACAUAUAUACACAUGCACAUAUAAUAUACAUUAUAUAUUUAUAACAAAAAAAGAGGAAUGAAAAAACUACUAAAACAAAGGUAUCUGUAAGCUCUAAUGGGUUGCUCAGCCCAUCCUCAGCCGUUGCGGUUUUAGUUUGUGUUUCGUUUGUGUUUAACUUUUUUUUUUAAUUCUUGUAUAUUUAUAAGUCGAAUAUUGUAUACCCUUCCUUUUACGCAUUAUCAUCGCAUCAUUUGCAAUUCUCUCUCCCUAUUCAUGUUACUUCCCUUGGGUUUCUGUCAACGCGCUUGUUUCGCUGUACGAAACCCUCUUGUCAGUUAUUGAUUGUGUGGCCUUAAUAAGAUUAUGAAACUGUUCAUUAAAACUAACUACCAUAUAAUAUACUUACAUAGUAUACAUUAUAUAAAUAUAUAUAUACGAAUACAUAUAUGCUUUUGUACCUAAAUUAAAUGCUUCUUGUUUUAAUACUUGUUAAUCAACUAUGAUAAA